UGUUGAAAGAGUUUCCAGUACCAAAACUGCUGUCCACGAUACCUUUAUGAAAAAUGAUGCCGUCAUAACAGAGCAAGAUAGACUCACUGAGCAGCCACUCACGACUAAAGAAAGUCAUCGUCAUCCUGCCAAGCGAAUCAAGUCCUGGGACUUGAACGUGGACACCGUAGAUUGUCUCCUCGCCACUUCUGCCGUUUCAUCCGUUUUGGCGGAGGAUAAAGUAGUCGAACCACCAGAAAGCGACUACAAGCGGCGCAAUCUCAGCCAAAUAUCUCCUGUUAUCAUCACUCUGGACGAGACCGACUCCAGUAGCGAUGAGGGCGUCCUUGUCUCAUCCCAAUACUCCAUUACCGACCAUAUCAGUCAAAUGAAUGCUUUAAUAAAAGAAAAGGAGAACACCAAAAAUAUAGUGCGUGUGAAUGCCGUCACAAAUAGAGAUAAUUUUGAGCCUUCUGUGCAGGAUACAUUGAUCGAUAUAUUAAAAAAGAAAACUGAAAAGCUAAAAAUUAUAUGCGAAACACAAGUUAACGUUGUAGCUUCCACAAAGAAGAAGUUAAAAGAUUUACUUAAAAAGAAGAAAGAAGCUGCUGCCCUGUGCUUGGAGAAGCACACCAAGUUAAAAGAGCUUCGUAAAGAACUUUCUAUUUACGAGACGGCGCUUGCCAGUGCAACGAAACUUUAUAAUAAACAAAAAGAAGAAGCUGAUGAAGCAAAAAAAUCAUUUGCUCUGCAGACACACUUGAAAUUUCAGUACUGUAAGGAAUACGAAGCUGAGCGGUCUCUUCUUGAAAAUGCUGUACGCCGCAGAGCACAACACGCCCAAGAACAGAGGCAGGGAUCUACUGAGGGGGCCUCAGGGGGCCCGGCGCGAGUCCCAUUGGAAGGCGGCGAAGCUGGCAGUCAGUCGGUAGUCAUCGAAAGAACUUCUGGUAUUGGAGUGCAUGAGACGAAAGCAGAGCACUGUGCUACCACAAGCGCCCUCCUGAAAAACAUGGAGGACCCUUUCAGCCCAUUCUUGUCUCUUCUACCUCAGCGCGCACUUUCAAUUAUGAAGCACGGGCCAGUCAACGGACCACUUGCCCAAGAGAGCUUUCCUUUAACGACCAGUGGUCGCGUUGUUGUGCAGCCUUCCUCCACUCGUAGAGGCUAUCAGAGCUACUGGACGCCCCUUGUAUGGUUCCGGAGCUAUAGGUUCUCCCCUUAUUAUCGAACCAAGUCCAAGUUUUCGCUCUCAUCUCUCACAUUUAGUAACAGGCUGUCGCCAGAUUCUGUACUUUGCGAACAUGAUCUUAUUGGCGCCUGCAAUGAUGCCAACUGUGUAUAUACGCAUAUUAGUGAUAUGAAAAUGAGCAAUCAUGAAUUGUUCCAAGACCUUUUGUCUUAUGAUACUCCGCAGCUUAAUGAGAAGCAACUCAAAGAAAAAGCAAUCAAACUUCAAAGCCAAUAUGCUGCUAUUACAGCCAAUGAAAUCGCGUUGUUGAUUGUUUAUGAACUGAACACACGCGAUAAGAGGAAUCCCAUUGGCCAAUUUGUGCGUAGGAGUCCUCGUGAGUUUACUUUUAAGAAAAGCAAACCCUUCAAGGAGGCUCCGUUUUCACCUGCCGCUCGAUCAAGAGCGACUUUAGUAGUCACAGACAGUAAUGAAUUUAUCAAUUUUGUUCCCCAACAACCAGCGUCACUGAGAUAUUAUUCCUCUUUCUCGGAACCAAUGGAUUACGAAGAAUUGGUUAAGAAGGAACCUUAUAAUGUUAACCUGUGGAAGGAAUAUGCACAGCAUUAUUAUGGAAAGCAUGAAAGAUUUUUUACUGAACGUUUACAACACGCGCUGCAUAUUGUAUCUCGAGCUCUUGAAUUUAACAAGAAAAGCGAGGAGUUGUGGAAGUUGUACAUUCAAUAUUGUCAAGUCUAUUAUUCAGAAAAGCUCAAAAGAAAGUCACGAAGUUUUAUUGAUGACCAAAAACACGAUAUUAUUUGCGGAGAGAAAAAGGUUUUAGUAGAUUAUGAAAAGGAAUUGGAGGAAAAGUUUGAACUUGCACUCGAACAAAUACCAACUUCUGCCUUGCUUUGGAUGAAGUUUUUACAUUCGCAGAAAAAAUUUCAAAACAAACUUGAAUUGUUGAACCGCAUUCUUCCGAGUUUUACGGAAUUUUCACUAAAUAAUCGUUAUCCCUUAAGCUCAAAAAAUCUCCUAAAUUUUCUAUUAAUGGCCGUUCACACGUUUUUAAUGAGUGGCAGGAGACACGAAGGGCUCGUCCUUUUCCGCACCUUUAUACGUAUGUACGGCCCGCCCUCGUGUGCUUAUGAGAGUCUUAAUAAUGAUUCCGGUGCUCUUGAAGGCGAGGGAACGUUUGGUGGCGUCGAUUUCGUAUUCGUCAUGACACACGCGGGUACCCACUUUGGCGCAUUGCUAUUGGAGGAUUAUAUGCUGCUUUGGCUCUAUUAUAUUCAUGCAUUGUCCUUUGAUAACGUUAUUGAGGCAGUUUACCUUUUGGAGGAGAGGCCUCGCUCUCGCGGAGCUCUGUGGAUCCCUGAAUAUUUAGAAAAUGAGCGAUGUUCAUUAUAUAACUGGAACAUGUUUGGCGCCUUUGAAUUUCGUUCAUCAGCUCAUUUAAUGAAAGACAGUGACCUUCCAGCCACCGUUAAGACCGCCUUUCAGGACUGUUUCCGUAUUUGCCAAUCAUAUGCGUGCAUUAAACCUACAGAAAAUCUUAACCAAUACUUUUCUGUCUUGAACUUUUUGUAUAUCGAAUUUCAAAUAAAAGUUCUGAAGAACCCCGUUUUGGGGUAUUUUUGGGAAGCUGAUAUACAUACCUCGUCGACUUCAUUAAAAACACCCCCAACCCUGAAUCUUGGGGAACCCGCAUUUCCCGUGAAUUCAUUGGCUUGGAUUUAUCUUUUUGAGCUGUCAAAAACGUUCAUGACUGGUCAGGAGCUGCUAAAAAUGAGCCUUUUUAUUUUGAAUUCAUGCGUUACUGCUUGGGAACUAAAACUACGCAUUUAUUGUAGCUUGGCAAAGCACUUCUUUUGUAAAGCGCAGUUUACCUUUGCAUUGGAAGAAAUUUAUAAGGCCGCCCAUUUAUUCGUCGAUGGCAUGCCCUCAAAUGAUUUCAAGGGAGGGAGUGAAGAGCGUUGCACUUUCAUAAACUCGAUAUUUGGACAACUUUUAAACGUCGAGGAUUGUCAUAUGGAACCGACUUACUCGUUUGCUGUUUGGCUGGAUACUUCUGUCUGUCGAACGAAUGUUUAUAUGUGGCUCUGCUAUAUUCUGUUUCUUCGCUUAACUAAAAGAAGCAGCGCUUCCAUCCUUGAGACUUUUGAGGCGGCUGUUUCUGCUCUCAAUUUUAAUGAUGAAGUGAACUUUAAAAGUGUAAUUUUGCUUUCGUACUUGGAAUAUGCAUGUGAUGUGCUCCGUACCACUAACGACCCACAUGCCGCUCUUGACGAUGUGAUUAAGCUGGCCAAUCGUUGUCUUACAGAAGUUGGUCUUCAUAAAAUUACAACAGAAUUACUGAACCUAAUAUGUAAAGAACUUCCCCGAAUUACUUGCAUUGAAGAAAGAGUGGACUACGGUUUUCAUGUCGAAGUGGUCGAUGUUUUGCUAGCUUCCCUACCCGAAUUCUAUUGGUUAUCUAUUUUUGAAGGAGUUUUUUCAAAAUUUCCUCUUUGCAGUGCAUUUCGCGUUCUUGCUGGCUACUAUUACUUAAUUAACAACAAUGAAAAGUCGUGUAGAGAUAUUCUGGAGGAGUUUUUGAAAAGCACGUCUCACCCCAGCCUUCCGAUAUUUCAAAUUCUUUCCUCACUUUUUAUGCGAGCUGGUCUCGUGGAAAGCGCGCGAAAUAUAUACUUAUUAGGUCUGAGAAUGUUUCCUCUCUCCUUUUCCUUAUGGAAGGAGUAUUACGAGUUUGAAGAAUAUUGUGCAGUUAAUUCCGAGGAAGUUAAGAAGCGUGUGGAAAAUGAAGCCAGUUCACUAGGAAUUCUUUUACAUGUUAACACAUAAAGUUUAUUCAGAAGCAGCACUUGAAAUAUA